AUGGCGCCCGAGCGGGACGGGGAGGAGUACGGCCUUCAGGAGGAGGGGGGGGAGGAGGAGGAGGAGGAGAAGGGGCUGCUGGAGCAGGAGGAGGAAGAACAGGUGCUGGCCCCGUGUCCCCUGACGGAGGAGGUCCUGAAGGAGGGCCUCUCUCUCCUCUGUAAGACCGGCAACGGCCUGGCCCACGCCUAUGUGAAGUUUGAAGCCAAAUACAAGGACUUGACUGACAUCAGCCUCCUCGAAUGCUUCAUUCACCUGCGGUACGUGGAUUUGUCAGAGAACAAGCUGCAAGAUUUGUCGCCACUGAGCAGCCUAACCCACCUGCUUUGGCUGAAGGUGGACAGGAAUCUGCUUACCAGUGCCUGCAUGCAGGAGCUGCCCUACCUCCAGAUCAUCAGCUUUGCUCACAACCGCAUCAAGGAUAUGGAGGGUAUUACUCACCCCCGCUUAGCCAACCUCAGCCUGAAAGGAAAUAAAAUCCAGACAGCGCUGGGCCUGAGUCACGGCCAGUUGUUCAGCCUACAAAUCCUGGAGCUGCGAGGAAACAUGCUAGAGAGCACAGCAGGGCUCAAUCUUCCCAAACUCAAGAACCUCUAUCUGGCCCAGAACGCCCUUCGGACCCUUGAAGGCCUUGAGGGGCUAGGACAGCUGACAACUCUGCACUUGCGUGACAACCAGCUUGAGACCCUGGAUGGAUUCUGUAGUAGCAUGAAGUGCCUGCAGUACCUCAAUCUACGGAACAAUGGGAUCAGUAGCUUUCAGGAGGUGGCAAAACUGCAGAUCCUGCCCAUGCUGCAAGCACUGGUGCUGUUGGACAAUCCAUGCUCUGACGAACCCAAUUACCGGCUGGAGGUCCUGGUCCUGCUGCCACACCUGCAACGCCUCGACAAGGAAUUAUUUGAGCAAGAUGAGCGGGCAGAGGCGAACGAAAUCCGUCAGAAAAGGCAGGAAGAAGAAAAGGAAAUUGAAGGAUCUCUCCAGGCUGAUGCAACUGAGUGA